AUGGUGUUUGACCCAAAACGCGCCAGAAAGGCGUCAUGCCGUGUGUGGCUAGCUCUAGCUGCACUGGGCACUGUCUUGGGGGUGCACAAGGGGGUGAGCGUGCAUUUAAGCUCGCAGUUCGGUCACCUGCUCGCUUCAGCGGUGACCUCAAGAAGAAGCCACGUGACCGCGGGAUCGGUUGCACCAGGGGAGGACGAUCCCCACGUCGGGAGCUCCUUCACUGAGUCCUCUCCUUUAGAAGACACCCCGGCCAGUACACUCGCGGGGGCCGCAAGAACUGUUGGGCGCCAUGUGUCUGGAGCGUCCGGGCGGCUCGCCCACUUCAGGGGAUCGCGAUUAGAGGAACCAGGUUCUUCGUCGGAUGCGAGUUUUGCAGACCUGGGUCAACCAGAGGGAGCUGACCUCGCGCUGGUUCAUGGCAUAGAGCCAGGGGACUCCAUUGUCAAGCACCUUUUGACACUGGUAUCGAAGCAAAUCCACCCAGUCGAUCGCCAGGCGGGGGCAUUCAGGACACUGGACAAAGGGCUCUCCGCUACGUUCUGGCCACAGGACGUGACCGUGGAAGUGGUCUCGGUGCGGACGGGAGCGCCACGGCGGCUCCGAAGGGGGCCCGUCUUCGGCAGGGGCGACUUCGGGAUGGUGUUCACGGCUUCCGACGUGGACACCGGAGCAGAGUUCGCCGCAAAAGUUCCUAUUGCUCUCCGCGAGCCUUUCAAGAUGUCACAAGAGGAUGUGAUGGCAGAGGGUCGUUUAACUGAUGCGUUCGCCACGGUCAAAGACCCAAGGGAAGCUCAAGCCGUUCUUCGAUUCUUGGUCCCCACCGACAUGGUGCAGUUUCCAAACAAGGAGACCUUCGCUGUCGCUAUCCCUGGCUCGCGAACGUUGAUCGGAAAUGUUUUCUUCUUGAUGCCGAAGGCCUAUACAGACCUUCAAGAUGUUAUCAACGCAAUGUGUGAUCCUGCCGUACGGGACAGCGACAUCGUGUACCAUGCCCGCCUACAGCUAUCCUAUGAUCUAAUACGGCUGGUGGCCAAUCUCCAACGCCAAGGAGUCGUGCAUGGUGACUUCAGAGAGGCUAAUCUUCUGGUGAUGAAAGACGGGCGUCUGUUUCUGGCUGAUUUUGGCUCAAUGCGCAAGGAAGGGCAAAAAACCCAUCGCGGAGACUCGCUAACCGCACACAUCAAAGAUGAGGUUAUGGAACUCGGAUCGGUGUUAACGAAUCUAUGGGGCAUAGAGUUGGGCUACUUCCUAGCACUCGAGCACAGUCCAAACAAACCGAUGGAAACAUGCGGCCCGCCGCCUCCCCAGUACAUGGACGACGUCCCAUCGGUAUCUCGUGGCGCAGUGCGACGUGGCAAAGCCGGAGCAUCAACGUCUUUUGCAGGUCCCCUGUUGACAUAG